GUAGCUAGGUUUGAGUUAUAGGAAAACAGUGCAGUCGAUACGUUUCUCAGAAUGCGUGAAUACCUGAAUGUUGAAGUUUGCACGGUGUGGAGAAUGGGGACGUACAUGAGGAUGCUGUAAACUAUGUAUCGCAUAAGCAAAGCGGUUGUAAACAUCGGUUUUAUGCUGACAAAGCGCUGGAGGAAACAUUAAUAACAAACGCACCUUCGAUAUAGACUGGAAGUCCCCAACUGGAUUAUCAUAACGCACUCGACGCGGGCACCGCAAAACAAGCAGCUUUCGCUUACUCAUACGUUUGCUAUCAUUUUUUGACUGGACACUCUGGAGCACUUGUUUGAGAUGUUGAAAGAAAUAUCUUAUUUUGAUACUCCGCAUUUCACCUGCGAAAUGUGUUGAACGUUAUUUGAGUAGCCCUGCAUGCUUUUUUGUAUUGUAGCCAAUCUGAGAAAUCAAUAUGACUCCACCAGUGCUGCAGCCGACAAAAGCAGAUGAAAAAAUACAUGUAAAAAUUAAUGGAAGAAACUAUGACGUUCCGAAGACAUACUCGGAAGUCAGUCUCAAUGAUUAUUUACGAGAGCAUUUACAACUUACGGGAACGAAAGUGACUUGCCGAGAAGGCGGCUGCGGAGCAUGCAUUGUCAAUGCGGCAUUUCCGGAUCCCCUGAAUCCUGGACAAAUUAUUCAGCGCUCGAUUAAUUCGUGUUUGUGUCCCGUUUUGUCAUGCGACGGUUGGGAAAUUCUGACGGUGGAAGGAAUUGGUGACCAGAAGAAGCCACACCCUAUCCAAUCUGCUUUAACUGAUCAUUAUGGAACACAAUGCGGAUAUUGUACACCGGGGAUGGUGAUGAAUAUGUACAGUUUGACUCAAAGCAGUACAUCGCUCACCAAGCAGGAAAUCGAAAACUCUUUUGGAGGAAAUAUUUGCCGGUGUACAGGAUACCGGCCAAUUCUGGAUGCCUUCAAAUCGUUUGCCACAUCCACAGAUAAAAUCUGUGACUUAGAAGACUGCGGAAUACCAAAACCAUGCGCAGUGGAAAACAGCCGCAAGUGUUCCGGCUCAUGCUGUGGUCAAGCCCCGCCUUACGUCCUUACGCUUCCGGCGGCGGUGGCAGAUUUCGCACCCGAAUGGCACAAACCCGAAUCUUUAGCGGACCUCUAUCAGCUGCUUCCCAAAUAUACAGGAAGAAACGUGUAUUACGUUGUGGGUCAUACCGGCAAAGGAGUAUACAAUGACACGCCUUACGAUGUAUACAUCGACAUAAAGGGCAUCCGAGAUCUGUACGCGGUUAAUGCUACCGACGAUUCCUUGUCGUUGGGAGCCAACAUUCCGCUGCGGGAAGUGAUUGAGAUAUUUCAAAAUCAAGCUAAAAAAGCCGGAUUUAAAUACCUGAACAGUCUGGCAGAUAUUAUCAGCCGAACAGCUCAUGUCUCCGUGAGAAAUGUUGGCUCCUGGGGCGGCAAUUUGGCUAUGAAAAAUCGCCAUAAGGAAUUCCCUUCCGAUACCUUCACAGCCUUGGCGAUAGCCAAGGCCUCGAUUACCGUUGGUGGACCGACAGAAAGCCGAAUGUCAGUGGAGGACUUUCUAAACACGGAUUUAAUAGGGAAAGUUAUUUUGCGCUUUGAUGUCCCGGCGUUUGCCGAUUCAGAUUACGUCUUCCGCACAUACAAAAUUAUGCCUCGUGCUCAGAAUGCACACGGAUAUGUCAACGCAGGAUUUCGCGUAAAGGCCGACAAAAGUUCAACCGACAAAUUUAUGAUAAGUGAAUCAGCAAUAGUGUUUGGAAACAUCAACGCCACAUUUAUUCAUGCUCCUCAAACGGAAUCCGCUCUCAAUGGAAAGGAUUUAGGUGACAGCACAGUUUUACAACAAGCCGUCGCAGCGCUGAAUAAAGAACUGAAGCCGGAAGAAAAACCAGAUGAGGCCAGCGCAAAGUACCGAAAAUCCUUAGCCUGCUCUUUACUUUACAAGUUCGCUUUGGAAGUUGUGGGAGGAAGUGCUUCUGAACGCUACCGCAGCGCUAUCGGCUAUAUUCCACGACCCGUGUCUUCCGGCAUGCAGACAUUUGUCAGCAAGAAAGAGAACUACCCUCUAUCCCAGCCCAUUCCCAAAUUGGAAUCUAUGGUGCAGUGUACAGGAGAAGCUAAAUAUAUAAGUGAUAUCCAUCAAGAGAAUUUUCUUCACGCUGCUUUUGUUCUGACCACCGAAGGCCGAGCAACAAUUUACCGGAUCGACGUAACCGAUGCCAUGGCACUGCCGGGUGUUGUGCGUGUACUUACGGCUGCCGAUAUUCCUGGCGAAAACAACAUCACCUUUUCCGCUGAAUCCAAAGAAGAGCUGCUGGCCAGCAGCCAGUCCAUUUAUGCGGGGCAACCAGCUGCCAUUGUCGUUGCCGAGACGAAAGAUAUUGCCGAAGCCGCUGCCAAACUGGUCAAAAUACAAUACAGCAAUGUGCGCAAUCCAGUUUUGUCGUGCAAGGAUGCUAUCCGAGAAAAAUCAUUUCAUCCUGGUGUUGUAAAUGUUAAAGCUGGAGAUGCAGAGGCUGCAGUGAAAUCCGCUGCCAAUCAAAUUUCAGGAGAGUUUGAAAUUGGCACCCAGGCUCACUUCCACAUGGAAACUAUGGUUGCCAUAACUUAUCCCACCGAAGACGGCGUCGAUAUUGAGGCUGGGACACAAAACAUUUCGACUACACAGGAUGCUGCUUCCAAAGUUUUGGGCAUCGGCAAGCAUCGCAUUAAUGUCAAAAUAAAAAGAAACGGGGGAGGUUUUGGAGCUAAAGGAGGAAGAAAUGCACUGAUAGCGUCGGCUAGUGCUGUUGCAGCUUACAUUUUGCGCCGGCCCGUUAAAAUGCACCAGUCUCUAUGGGACAAUCUGAAGUCAAUUGGGAAACGGUUUCCAUAUUACGUUCAGUAUAAGGCCGGGACAGACGGUGCCGGCAAACUGCAGGGAGUAGUCCUUGAUGUCUACUGCAAUAUCGGUGCAAUAUAUGCGUACAGUUUGCGAGGAUGGGGAAAAUGGGGCGACAAUGCCUAUAAAUGCGCAAACUGGAAAAUGACCUUAACUCCUUGCAAGACAAAUAGACCUCCAAACACUUACACCAGAGCGCCAGGGAGCACGGAAGCAAUUUAUACCAUCGAAACCAUUAUGGAACAUAUUGCCAUAUCGCUCAAACAGUCUUCGCUGAAUAUCAAACAGUUAAAUUUCUUCCAAGAUGGUGAUAAACCUUUAGAUGGCUCUACUUUAACCGGCAACCGUCUAGUACCUGUCACCAACUUACUCUUGGAGUCCGCUCAAUACCAGGAACGCGUACAAGCUGUCGCUGGUUUCAACAAUAAUAGUCGAUGGAAGAAAAAGGGACUCGGGGUUAUUCCGAUGCGGUAUGCCGUGGAAUGGCAAGGUGGCGGAUAUGAUUGCCUAAUUGCAGUGUACAAAAAUGGAGGCACGGUUGCGGUUACACAUGGAGGGAUUGAACUCGGACAAGGGAUCAACACAAAGGUUGCCCAAGUUAUUGCGUAUGAACUGGGAAUUGAUAUGAAAUAUAUUGUAAUUCAGCCGACUAUGUCCAUUACCAGCGCAAAUAACAGGAUCACCGCCGGUGGGAUUAGCAGCGAGCUUCUGUGUUUGAGUGCUGUUGAGACUUGCAACUUACUGAAAGCCAACAUGAAACCAGUGAAAGAUAAAAAUCCCAACGAUUCAUGGGAAGAUCUUGUGGAGAAGUGCUUCAAACAAGGCAUUGCCCUCACCGCCCAUCAGUUUGUCCAAGCAAAGUCGGACAAACCACAGUAUAGCGUAUAUGGAGCGAUGUGCACGGAAGUGACUUUGGAUAUCCUAACUGGAGAGCAUCAAAUCGACCGGCUGGAUCUUGUCUAUGACUGUGGAGAAAGCAUGUCUCCCUACGUCGACGUGGGACAAGUGGAAGGAGGUACAAUUAUGGGCCUCGGUUAUUUUACUACGGAAGAAGUCAUCUACGAUAUGAAAACCGGACAAAACUUGACGUUCGGUACAUGGAAGUAUAAGCCACCUGGUGCCAAGGAUAUUCCCGUGGAUUUCCGCGUGACCCUCUUACCGAACGCUCCCAAUCCACUGGGAGUUUUACGCAGCAAGACUACUGGAGAAGCACCAUUGUGCAUGUCGUCUAGUGUGGUCUUUGCUCUGCGUAAUGCCAUCAAGGCCCACUGUGAAGAGAUCGGAAAAGGUGACACCUGGAUUCGUCUUGAUGCCCCGCUGACUGUCGAGCGCUUGCAGCAGUAUUGCAGUAUUGAACCAGCACAAUUUCGCUACAAGGAUUAAAGAAAUCGUCGUAGUCACUCUUCGAACUUUUUAAUUUAUAGCGCUAUCAUCUUCAUAUAACUGUACUGCUUUUUUAAUAUUUCCACAUAUGUAUUACAUUUCCUGUUAUUACAUUUCUACAUAUAACUUUAUUUCGCUCAAAGUUGUUCGUGUUAUUGUACAUACUUUAAUUUUUUAAUUAAGGUGUAUCUGCGCGGACAGCUGCCUUUUGACUUUUAGCUACCGUUUGCCAUCGCUUGUAUAAUUACGCGAAGCUGGUUUUUGGUAUGCACCAAAAAAUUCCUGCAUGCCAUUACAUCGCAGAAACAAAAUAUAUUGGUAGCGCUAGGUAACGGCUCGAACAUAA